CUGAGCCUGCGGUCAUGUCAGUGGCACUACAAAAUCUAACGAUGGUUCAUGUAAGACUACUGAAUAUAGACUAUUUUCAAGAUGGCUUCCAAAUUGACCAUUUCUGCCGUGAACGAACUUGAUUAUGGAGAGUUCAUCCAUAAAUUUGGUAACGUCGUUGAGAUGACAUCGCUUUGUGCAGCUGCUGUAUGCGCUAGAAGGCCUUUCUCCUCAUUUGACAAUUUCGUCUCAGAGAUGUGCCAGUUUAUCGACGAGCUGCCCAAAGAUGGAAGAGGAGGGAUUUUGCGUAGUCAUCCCGACCUUGCCGAGCGACUGGAGUCUUUAACGCCCGAAUCCCAAAGAGAGCAGACAGAAGCUGGAAUAACUACAUUUACACCGGAAGAAAUUCAACAGCUGAAGUACUACAACAGGCUUUACAAAGAGAAGUUUGGGUUUCCAUUUGUGAUAUGCGCUCGUUUAAACAAGAAAGACACUAUUCUAGAAGGGAUUCAAACACGUCUGAAUAAUGAUGGCGAUCAAGAGUUGAAGUGCGGGAUUGAAGAAGUGAAGAAGAUCAUGCUGCUGAGGAUGAAAGAUUUAGUUGAAUGCGAAGACUCUAAACUAUAACAAUUUUACUGGCUGCCAAUGCAGUACUGUACAGUGGAUCCUCUAAGCUCUCCUAAGCGACCACCUCCCUUAAGCGCUUACGGGAGGUUCGACUGUAACUGCCUUUGAUUACACAGAUUAAUGACUAUACAAACUUAUGAUCUUUAGACCCCCGACCAAAUUAAAAUUAAUUAAAAUGUUGUGAGAGGUUUA